AUUCAAGUGGUAACGCCCAUUGUAGAAACGCCCGGUGAAUAAGCAAGUAGUGAUGGUAUUGGUUGAGCGCGCCAAUGCCAGUGACUGGAAGUGGUCGGUUAGUAUUCGCGGGGGCGGUGUCGAGGUCGCGAGGCGGUGUGAGCUUUUUUCCCGGUUGUACGUUCAUCUCGAGACAGGCGUAAUCAGUGCCGUUUAUGCGGCAGCAGUGGCAAGCCACGCGCACCGGGGGUCAAAGGCUUCUGCCAAAAUUCAAUAAUUUUAUUUCAUCAAUGUCUGUCGGGACAGUGUGUUAAUUUAUUCAUUGUUUUUGCGCAUCGAGUUUUACCGAGGAAUAUGGAGCCCCGAGGGACUGAGUGAUGAGAUAAUGAGUGUUGAGGAUAGAGCAACGACAAGUGAUAGUACAACGGAAUGAUAAGUACAAUUGAUACUUGAUUGGUGAUUGAAUGGAGAAGGAAGGGUGUCGUGUCGAGGAUGAGUAACGCUGUUGACGGAUUGUCCAUGCAAGGGGCAAGUACAACACCAACACCGGUGGGUGGAGGCAGUGGCCUCAUGUCGGAUGAUGCUGACAUGGCUAGUCCAACGUCCGCAUCAAAUCCAAAACCAAGAAGUGGAAAAAUUAAUUUCAGUGUUGAUGCAUUACUGAGUGGUACGAAAAAAUCACCGGUUAAUUUUUCAACCCGAAGGAGUGUAGAGAAUGGUGAUGAUGGGGGUAGUGAUAUAUCGGAGAAGAGCAGUGAAAUACAGGAUGAAGCUAGAAGAUAUCGAGACUUUUUAAUAAUGGAACAGGAGCGACAGAGGGGCCUGCAGAGCCGUGAACUUUUGGCAAGACUAAGUCCACUGACAUCAACUGGAUUAUCGGCAUUUCCAAGCCUACAUCAUUACCAUCAUCAAGUGCGGUGUAAUGCAGCAGCAGCGGCUGCUGCUGAGGACGUCAAGAGGGUAGCGAAUGUGGAGCGACAGGAUACGAUAACCGUCAAGGAUUUUUCGAGAACGGGAAUUCACGAGGAGUCUUCAUCGCCCGUCGGCCUUACGGAUGACAGACUUAGUGGUAAUUCCAGUGGUACCUCACCAAAACCACUGACACGUAGAACUGAGGACGAAGAUAUGGAAGAUGACGAACUGGAUGACGAAAGAAUCACGUCAAAUCGCUCUGUUUCACCGAUAAGACGAGAAAUUGAAAAUGAUAGGAGUGAUUCUGAAGCUCCAAGAUCGUUGGAGGGUGAUGGUAGUUGUGAAAGACUCAUGGAAGUUGGUAGUGGUUCAAGAUCCGAAGAUCUAAAUGUCAUGGAUUCUGAUUGUGAAAUGGAACGUGAAGUUGAGGGUGGAAGGCAUGAGAAGGAAAAAUCAAGUCCCGUUGUACCACAGCCAAUACAUCCAGUUCAGAGGCCACCGGGGCCAUAUUUAAGUGGACCAACACCAGGAUGGUCGCCCACUGGAUUUCCACAUUCCUUGGCUGGAUUCGCGUGGCUACCCCCACCUCCCCAUCCACAUAAUCCCCAUGGACAUCUGUAUACGCCCCAGGGUGGACCAACGAGUCCCAACGGUGACCUGAGACUACCAGGACCAGGUCCAGGACCGGUGAGAUGUACCCUGAGAAAGCACAAGCCCAAUAGAAAACCAAGAACGCCUUUUACAACUCAACAACUGCUGUCGCUUGAAAAAAAAUUUCGCGAGAAGCAAUAUCUCACGAUAGCUGAGAGAGCAGAAUUCUCAUCAUCACUUCAUCUCACAGAGACUCAGGUGAAGAUAUGGUUUCAAAACCGUCGAGCAAAAGCGAAAAGACUUCAAGAGGCUGAGAUUGAGAAGUUGAGGUUGUCAGCGAGACCACUUUUACAUCCUAGCUUUGGUACGGGCCUCAUGUUUUCAGCGGGUGUUGGACCUCCAGGUACCCCAGGUGGAGUACCUCCUUUCAUAGCAGCAGCAAUGGCAAGACAUAGUCAUGCUGCUGCUGCAACUGCUGCCAUGUUCAUGGGACCGCCUGGACACCGGCCAUGAUUAUAUUACUCAUCAACUUGUGACAUAAUUCCAGAGAAUGUAAAAAAUUAAGAGCCAAUGUGAAAUCUGGAACUCGUGUAUUUAAAUUAAAUUUUAAUUAUGUAAAUAAUGUAAAUAACUCAACUCCGUUAUUGUACGAUGACUGCAGUAAGUCUCACACUGGACUGGAGUAUGUAAAUAAUAAUGCAAGAGUGGAAAAUAUCGUUUACGCGGACCUAUAGAUCUUUUACACGCUUCAGCCUUAUAAUCGAUAACGUGCGAUCCCCAAGGAGUCCGCGCUGGUGGGGGGGAGGGAAUGGGGGGGGGGAGGAGGAGGAGGAGGAGGAGACACUUUAUACGACAGGAAAACGUACUGACUCCGUGUUCAUGUUAAUGAUAAUCGGACGUAUAUGUCAAGUUACAACCAGCUGGUGUAUUGUGAUCUAAUAAAACGAAAUGCAAUAACGUUAAUUUCUCAGUUUGACUGGCAGAGCGUGUAAAUAUCCAUAGAUCAACAAUUAUAUAAAACAAAAAUGAAAAAAAAACAGAAAUCGAAUGGCUAUGUAAAUUAUUUAUUCCAAUGAUGGAAUAUACUUCAUUAAAAAUCACCGAGUAAUGAGUAUCAGUGAGUGGAUGAACACUUGAUGACUCAAAAAAUAAAAAAUAAAAUAAAUCACAAAUUCCAGAAGUACUGCGGUCAACCUGUAUAAAUGUACCAUUAAAGUUUAUCCAUAAAAGAAAAGAACAAAAAACAGAAUACGUUCUAGAGUAAUAAAUUUCAAUUUCAAUAUUUAA